AUGGCCAAGGGCAAGAAGUUCCGCGCCGCCAAGGUGAAGAACGUGAAGAAGGUGCUCGCGGCCAAGGACCCGCGGCUCAAGAGCACGCAGGACAAGCUCGCGAAGAAGGAGGCGAAGCGCCAGGCGGCGGCGCAGGCGCGCAACGUCGAGCAGGUGCCGACGUCCAUGUUCUUCGCCCACAACGACGCCCUGGGCCCGCCGUUCCACGUGCUCAUCGACACGAACUUCAUCAACUUCUCCAUCAAGAACAAGAUCGACGUCGUCAAGGGCAUGACCGACUGCCUCCUCGCCAAGUGCAUCCCCGUCGUUCUCGACAGCGUCAUGGCCGAGCUGGAGAAGCUGGGCUCGAAGUACCGCGUCGCGCUGCGCCUCGCCAAGGACCCCCGGUUCAUGCGCAUGGCGUCCUACCUGAAGAAGGGCACGUACGCGGACGACGACAUCGUCGAGCACGCGCGCGUCCACCGGUGCUUCAUCGUCGCGACCUGCGACAAGGACCUGAAGCGGCGGCUGCGGAAGAUCCCCGGCGUGCCCAUCAUGUACAUCCAGGCGCGCAAGUACACCAUCGAGCGCAUGCCCGAGGCCUACGGCCUCAUGCCGAAGACGUAG